GCGUUAAGUGUGUUUUACAGCAUAUACAACAGAUCUAUAACUAGAAAGCAAAUACAUGUAAAUAAUGUAAAUUUGGGUUACAUGUGCCUGACGUGUGUCAGAUGCAUCUACUAUAAGCCCUGCCGCGUAGCUAUGCUUUUCAAUUCAGCUCUUAUUUUUGUAGUCUUGUAUCUGAAGUACUGCUGAGGUGAUGCACCCCAGUCAAGCCAUAGCUGCUGCUCCUUCUGUGGCUAGCCCCGCUGUUACUGCCAGCAAUGAGACUCCAGCAUCAGCACCUCUGCUUGCGAACUGUGUCUCAGGGAUGGCCAAUGCUGAUGUGCCAUCUGCAUCUACCCAAGUGCUGAUUAGCCCCCCCAGCUUGGCACCUACAACCCGGCCUUCAGGGCUUCCUGCCCCAUUGUGUACACUGGUGACGAAAGUGGCACCACUCUCUGUAACUAACCAGGCAUCAAAGGUGAUGCGUGGACCAAGGAUGUCAGCACCGCCCCAAAUCAUUCCUCCCAAGACAACUCAAACUACAAUCCAGUUACCGGCUAACUUUCAGAUUCCCCCAGGUACAGUCCUCAUAAGAAGCGGUAAUGGACAACUUAUGCUUGUGUCUCAGCAAGCCCUGGCCAGAGCACAGGCACAAGUGCAGAACAAUUCAAUUGCAAGGCUUCCAGCAUCUACAAGUAUAACAACUGUGCAGUGUGCUAAGCAGACUAUGGGAGCCAAGCAGCUGUCAAAUGUCACAAAUACUAUUGUGAAAACCACAUCUUCUGCACCAGUUACUCUACCGCCUGUACUGCAAAGGACUACUACUCCUGUAUUGCAGCCUGCAACUGUGACAAAUAACAUUGCCGGUAUUUCUUCACCUGUAAGUGUCAGACCAAAUACCUCAGUUUCUGGCCCAACGAUUGUCAAAAUAUGUACUCCUCCAGUAGGUUACUCAGCAGCCGCUGGCACCUCUCAAGGAGCCCCUGCAGUAUUAAUAAGAUCUUCUGCACCAACUACUACUGCUGUGUCAACAUCAUCUUGCACUUUAGCUGGAACAAUAACUUCAACAUCAGCAACUUUGGCAGCUACAUUGGGAAUCAAAACUUCUUCCGAGAUGGGCACUAGUACCAAAUCUAUAACUGUUUUACCAGUGAAAUCCUCUGUACCUUUGGCUACACCUAUAAAAGUAACUUCUGGCACCCCUAUUGUACUUCAGUCCGCUGCUGUAGCACCUUCUUCUAGUGCUCUAACCACUACUCAGCCUGCUAUAGUGAACACGUCUACCUCAUCCUCUACAAGUGUCAUCCAAACCUCUAGCCCAUCUGUGAAAUUAACAACUGCUAACAUUUGUGAUCCAACUACUGCACGUGGAACACAGAGUCCUCCUAUUAAAUCAAGUAUUAUGCAAUCCUCACCAACAGUCACAUCUAUAGUGUCUGGAAAUAAUGUACCCUCUGCAACACCUGUGCAAGUUCAAGCUAACCAUUCCACUGCAGUUCCUAGUGUUGUAAGUAACAGAGCAGAGCCUUCAAAAGUGUCCCAAAAGUUACAAACUACCAGUUCUACAGAAGUCUUGGACAAUGUGAAGAAGUGCAAGAACUUCCUUGCAACAUUAAUAAAACUAGCAUCAAGUGGGCAGUCCCCAACAAUGGGAGAAAAUGUCAAGAACCUCGUCAAGAGUCUACUUGAUUCAGAAGUUGAGCCAGAAGAAUUUACAACAAAAUUGUAUGCAGAGCUGAAGUCCUCUCCACAGCCUUAUCUGGUGCCUUUUUUGAAGAAAAGCUUACCUGCCCUACGUAAACUUAUGCCAAGCUCUCAGUCAUUCAUUAUGCAAUGUGGUCAGCAGAUACCAACUACUAAAGUCACAAUGGCGAACUCUGUCUCUGUUGUGAAGAUUACACCAACCACUUUGUCUCAAAGUAUAAAACAAAUUGGUACAACAACCCUUGGCAGUCUUAAAGUUCAGCAAACGUCCUCAUCAUUGACACAGCCAAUCAACACAUUGAAGCCGAUGAACUUCAAACAGUUGGUAGUCCAGCAACCGACCGGAGGUAUUGUGAAGCAUGUGACAGCACUUCAGCAAGCCUCAACAUUAAAUGCUCAGAAACCAGGAGAAAAGCGAAUAUCUUUAAAUGCACUUAUUCAAGCCAGUCACUUGUCACCUGCUUCCAUUCUUAAACCAGUCUCAUUGCCUGGAAACAAAGUUAUUUCACUUCAAGCACAUCCUAUACCUGUAAAAGAGAAUGUCACGGCGUGCUUCAGGGAGGAAGAUGAUAUUAAUGAUGUUACUUCUAUGGCUGGAGUUAACCUCAAUGAAGAGAAUGCCUGCAUCUUAGCCACCAACUCUGAAAUAGUUGGUGCUGUAAUUCGGUCGUGCAAAGAGGAGCCUUUCCUAUUUACAACAGCUCUGCAUAACAGAAUCUUAGACAUAGGUAAAAGGCAUGACAUUAAUGAACUCAACUCUGAUGUUAUGAACUUGGUUUCCCAUGCAACACAGGAGAGAUUACGAGGACUCAUUGAAAAACUGACUGUGGCAGCACAGCACAGGUUCACAAACUGGAAGAACAGUGAUAGAUAUAUCAAGUCUACUGAUGUGAAGGCACAGUUAAAAUUCCUCGAGCAACUUGAACACUUAGAAAAACAGCGCAAAUAUGAAGAAGAAAGGGAAAUGCUACUCAGAGCAGCUAAGAGUCGUUCAAAUAAAGAAGACCCAGAACAGCUCAGAUUAAAGCAAAAGGCCAAAGAGAUGCAGCAGAUGGAAUUAGAGCAAAUACAAUAUAGGGAAGCCAAUCUCACAGCACUGGCUGCUAUUGGGCCAAGAAGAAAGCGACCUUUGGAUUCUGUGGGCCUUCAAUCUGGAUUGGAGGAGUUUUGCACAUCUGGAUCCGCUGGUUUUGGUUUUUCUAAAUCAUUACAUAUUCCCAGAAUAACACGUGUUAGUCUCAAGGAUUUAAUAUACUGCAUGGAGCAAGAAAAGGAAACCAGGCAUUCCUUAUCAUUAUAUCGUGCAUUCCUAAAAUGAACUUUAAGAAUUUUGCCAAAGAAAUGCUUAAUGCUUUAUUGCACUAUCCUGAAUUUUGUUUCGGGAAAACAAUCCUUCCAGAAAAAAAAAAAAUGUUUUUGGUUUACAGGAUUUAUUUUAAUAUAUAAUUAAACAUAUUACAGCAACA